UAUGGACUCCUCGCUUCCGAGCCGGCUCUUCCCGGGCCUCUCCAUCAAGAUCCAACGCAGUAAUGGUUUGAUCCACAGUGCCAACGUAAGGGCGGUGAGCAAGGAGAAAGCCUGUGUCUCCGUGGAGUGGAUAGAAGGAGGUGCCAUCAAGGGCAAAGAGAUUGACUUCGAUGAUGUGGCAGCAAUAAACCCAGAGCUCCUGCAGCUUCUUCCCAUACUCCCGGACGACCACCUGCCCCUGAAGGAGAAUGUAACGGUCCAGAAACAAAAACGCAAGUCGGUCAACUCCAAAAUUCCUGCUCCAAAAGAGUCUGUCCGUGGCCGCUCGACUCGAAUGUCCACCGUCUCAGAGGCUCAAAUGACCAGUCAGGAGAAUGAGAUGGAGGUGGAGCUGCCUGUGUCUGUGAACCCCCUCAAACAGCUUUCAGUUCCUGCUGGUCCCCCUCGGCCCUCCUGCCCUGCCGUGGCUGAGGUCCCACUGAAGGUGGUCAGCGAGGAAGUGGAAGAGCAAGUUCGUGCCAUCCGAGGCAACGCUUCUGCAAACCCCGUGAACUCAGUUCGGAGGAAAUCGUGUAUCGUGAAGGAAAUGGAGAAAAUGAAGAGCAAGCGCGAAGAGAAGCGGGCCCAGAACACGGAAACGAGGAUAAAGCGAGCUCAGGACUAUGACAACAGCUUUCCACACUGGGAAUUUGCCCGGAUGAUUAAAGAAUUCCGGACUAAUUUGGAAUGCCAUCCGCUUACCAUGACUGAUCCUAUCGAAGAGCACAGGAUAUGUGUCUGCGUUAGGAAACGCCCGCUGAACAAGCAAGAACUGGCCAAGAAAGAAAUUGAUGUGAUCUCCGUCCCCAGCAAGUGUCUCCUCCUGGUCCACGAGCCCAAACUCAAGGUGGACCUCACGAAGUACUUGGAGAACCAAGCGUUCUGCUUCGACUUCGCCUUUGACGAUACUGCUUCGAAUGAAGUGGUUUACAGGUACACAGCAAGACCGUUGGUACAGACAAUCUUUGAAGGAGGAAAAGCAACCUGUUUUGCAUAUGGCCAAACAGGAAGCGGCAAGACACAUACGAUGGGCGGAGACCUCUCGGGGAGAGGCCAGAAUGCAGCCAAAGGGAUCUACGCCAUGGCCUCCCGGGACGUCUUCCUCCUGAAGAGUCAGCCUCGCUACCGGAAACUGGGCCUGGAAGUCUACGUGACGUUCUUUGAGAUCUACAAUGGGAAGGUGUUCGACCUGCUCAACCAGAAGGCCAAGCUGCGCGUGCUGGAGGACGGCAAGCAGCAGGUGCAGGUGGUGGGCCUGCAGGAGCACCCGGUGAGCUGUGCCGAGGAUGUCAUCAAGAUGCUGGACGCAGGCAGCGCCUGCAGGACUUCUGGGCAGACCUUUGCCAAUUCCAACUCUUCCCGCUCCCACGCCUGCUUCCAGAUUCUUCUUCGAGCCAAAGGGCGCGUGCAUGGCAAGUUCUCUUUGGUGGAUCUGGCGGGGAACGAGCGCGGCGCAGACACUUCCAGCGCUGACCGGCAGACCCGCAUGGAGGGCGCAGAAAUCAACAAGAGUCUCCUGGCCCUGAAGGAGUGCAUCAGGGCCCUGGGACAGAACAAGGCUCACACGCCAUUCCGAGAGAGCAAGCUGACCCAGGUGCUGCGGGACUCCUUCAUCGGGGAGAACUCGAGGACCUGCAUGAUCGCCAUGAUCUCACCAGGCAUAAGCUCCUGUGAAUAUACCUUAAACACCCUGAGAUACGCAGACAGGGUCAAGGAGCUGAGCCCCCACAGUGGGCCCAUUGGGGAGCAGCCAAUCCAGAUGGAAACAGAAGAGACGGAAGUCUGCUCCAACUGCACCCUGAGCUCAGGCAAUUUCUCCAAGGACGAGGAGGAGCUGUCUUCUCAGAUGUCCAGCUUUAACGAAGCUAUGGCCCAGAUCCGGGAGCUGGAGGAGAAGGCCAUGGAGGAGCUCAGGGAGAUCAUCCAGCAAAGGCCAGACUGGCUUGCGCUCUCUGAGAUGACCGAGCAGCCGGACUACGACCUGGAGACCUUUGUGAACAAGGCAGAAUCCGCCCUCGCCGAGCAGGCCCAGCAAACCAAACACUUCUCAGCCCUGCAAGGUGUCAUCAAGGCCCUGCGCCUGGCCAUGCAGCGGGAAGAGCAGGCCAGCAAACAAAUGAGCAGCAAGAAAUGGCCCCAGUGAGGACUGCAAAUAGAGAUGUUUGUGUCACUCCCCGCCUUCCUCUUCCCCGACCGCCCCUGCCCAGUGCUGAGGGGCUUAGUCGGUCUGAGCGGGGCAGGCGUGGGUAAAUGCCAAAUCUAUGGGCAGCUGUGGAAAGGAUCGGCGCUGUGACAGGAGCCUCACCUUUGCUUCCCUGUGGCCUGCCCACUCCGCUCCUCGAUUGUUCCCGGCGGGAUGUAGCUCCUGGCACCUGUGUGGAUGGACUUGCUUACCUGCUCCUGGCUGGGGCCCUGGGGCCCUUCCUCCUCCUCCUCCUCUGGAAGGGCAGCUUUCAGAUGGAGGGCUUUGCCUGGGCAGCAUUCUGUCUGUGGACUGGCUGCUACCAAGGGCUUACCGCUGUGUGCCUGACUCUGGGGAGAGAGCCUCCGACCUGCCUCUCACCGCCCUGGGCACUGAUGCAUCUUAGACUCAAAAAAAAAUUUUUUCUGGGACCCAUGUCUUCUGGUUUUUGAGGCCAACAGGAUCCCUGCUGUUUCACUGUUUUUGUGUUUGUACAUUGUGUUUUAUAAUAAAGAGGAAAGAUCGGC